AUGGGCCUGGCCCAGAAGGCAGUUGGGGUGUGCGGUGCCCCGUUUGCCACCGACCUGCUCGGUAGCGAGCAGCCCCCCACAUUCGACCGGCGGGGCUCGACCAGUGGAGAAAAUCCGGAAGAGGGCGCUACUCUCCUCACCCAUUUCUGGCGUCUCGGCGGCGACGGCAUCUCUGGUGUCUGGAUUUCGUUGCUGGUUAUCAGAGAGACCAUGGCCCCAGUCCUCCAUCGCAAGUCCGAUAUUGAUAGUGCGGUGUCUCUGGUUUACAAGUCAGUUGUUUCAGUUGAGUUAUUCAAAAUAGGUCCUACCUACUAUAAGAGCUUGACUGGAUUUGUCAUUUCUGCAAGUCAAGGAGCAACCUUUAUUGCUGCCAAUUUUUCACAAGUAGAAAAGGACCCCCCAGAUGUUAUUCAUGUUAUAUUUUCUGAUGGUAUAAUUGAAGAAGCAACAGUUAUUAGCAAGAGCACUUUUUCGGGCCAUGUGAUUCUCAAGGUGCAAGUUAGUGGCGAUCAAUACCCCCCAGUCAACUUGGAUGACAAAAAGGUCCUAACUGACAUUGUUAUCUUAUUGUCCAACAUAAGAGAGAAUGGAAGAAACACAUAUAGCACAUCUGUUAUAUGUCCAGACAAUGAUUCUGAUUGUAAGAAAGAAAAUGUUGUCGGGAAAGCUGAUUUUUUCACUCUGGGGUUUAGUAUUGAUAUCAAUACUAUCAUCGGUGCUCCAAUAUUUGAUUUGGAUGGACAUCUCGUGGGAACCGUACAUUCCUGUGAUGGUAAAUUUGGACCAACGUAUGCACAACAUGCUCUUUCUUUUGUCCCUGCGUUAAGAGAGAUGAUGAAAGGCUUUGACCAAGUCAGUGAAAAGUAGUGGAAGCUAGUGGAACUGUCCCAGUUAAGUUGAAGCAGCUCCGGAUAUCUCCCCAGAGGUGCUUGUUUAGUGACUUGGAUGAGGCAACAAGGGCAGGCUACCGUAUUUCAUGGCUAAUAUUCUGAAAACUUAAGACAGACAGAUGGUCCUGUAGUUCAGUGGAAAAUUAAACAAUUAGUUGUUUUUAGCUUUUGCUCAGUUGCCAUCCCCAUUGAGAUCUUAAGUUUAUGUUCUAGAUUUCUGAUCUUAGUUAGUUCUCUUUAGCUUUUUGUUCAGUUGCCAUCCCCAUCUAGAUCUUAAGUUUAUUUUCUA